UGAUUUAUUGGAAAAAAAAGGGGAAAAAAAAAAGAAACUCAAAUACAAUUUGUACAAAUAAUUUAUUCAUUCCCCGAUUUCCAAACUCGCCAUUCUCCGAUUCACAGAGCAAUACGGAACCCCCCCGGCGAUUUUUCGUUGACCUCGCCGAACCCAAGGUGCAGUUCGAGCGAAUAAAGCCGAGGGGAAGAUCAAAACCGAGGGAUUUGGUUCUCGAAAUGUUGUUGAGAGUAGGGCGUCGUUUCUCCGGCUAUGUAGCGGCAGUGUGAGAUCUUUCCGUCGGCGGAGAGGCCCCUUUGACUCGUCUCGGGGUUCAUUUCCGAGAUGGGUUCGAGUCCAAUUGGGGCGGGAGGGAGUGGAGCGGCGAGUAUUGGCGGCGGCGGCGGAGGCGGCGGCGACGGUUCCAGCAGCAGCUGCUUGUGUGGAUGGAAGUGGCAACAGAGACAUCUCAGGCUGGUCUCUUCUGGGUUCGUCUUCUUCUUCGGAUGCUUCGUUUUGUUUGGAUCGAUUGCUACACUCUACGCUUGGUUAGCUUUUACCCCUCAGUAUGUCCGUACGGUCGGCGGCAUCUCAUCGCUUGGAUGUCAAGAAGACAAUGAGGGUUCUUGGUCUAUUGGGGUCUUUUAUGGAGACUCUCCCUUUUCCCUUAAACCCAUCGAAACUGCGAAUGUAUGGAGAGAUGAGAGUGCUGCUUGGCCAGUUGCUAAUCCUGUUAUCACUUGUGCUUCGGUUUCUAAUGCUGGUUUUCCUAGCAAUUUUGUUGCCGACCCUUUUCUUUUUGUUCAGGGAGAUACUAUUUACUUAUUUUAUGAAACCAAGAAUUCGGUAUCUUUGCAAGGAGAUAUAGGCGUUGCAAAGAGUGUCGAUAAUGGAGCAACAUGGCAACAAUUAGGCGUUGCUUUGAAUGAGAAAUGGCAUCUCUCUUUCCCAUUUGUCUUUGAUCACCUUGGUGAGAUAUAUAUGAUGCCUGAAAGCAGUAAGAAAGGGGAAGUUCGUCUUUAUCGAGCGGUUAAUUUUCCUUUGAAGUGGGAAUUGGAUAAAAUUAUUCUCAAGAAGCCGCUUGUUGAUUCAGUCAUCAUCAAUCACAAUGGUAUGUAUUGGCUUUUUGGGUCGGAUCAUAGUGGGUUUGGUACCAAAAGAAAUGGGCAUUUGGAGAUAUGGUAUAGUAGCUCACCUCUUGGUCCUUGGAGGCCUCACAAGAGGAACCCUAUCUAUAAUGUAGACAAAAGCUUCGGUGCUCGUAACGGGGGCAGACCGUUUAUUCAUGAGGGUAGCCUUUAUCGCAUUGGUCAAGAUUGUGGCGAAACAUAUGGUAAGAAAGUUCGUGUUUUCAAGAUCGAAGUUCUUACAAAAGAUAGAUACAAGGAGGUAGAAGUUCCUUUGGGCUUAGUCGAACCGGUUAAGGGUCGCAAUGCUUGGAAUGGUGUUCGCUACCACCAUGUUGAUGCCCAGCAGCUUAGUUCUGGUAAAUGGAUUGGGGUGAUGGAUGGAGAUCGGGUACCCUCGGGUGAUUCAGUUCGUCGUUUUUUACUUGGUUGUGCUUCAUUUGCCGUGGUUGCUGUUCUUGUUAUUUUUCUGGGUCUGCUACUUGGAGCAGUGAAUUGCAUUGUUCCCCUUACCUGGUGCGUUUAUACUACGGGGAAGAGAAGUGACACAAUCUUAACCUGGGAAAAGCCAAAUUUAUUUUCUUCAAAAGUGAGGCGGUUCUGUAGCCGAGUGAAUAGAGCGCCUUCAAUCCUUCGAGGUUGGGUAAAAUCUAAUACUUGCACUGGCAGACUUGUUCUUGCUAUUUUAUUUGUAUUUGGAGUUGCACUGAUGUGCACUGCAGUGAAAUACAUAUAUGGGGGCAACGGUGCCCAAGAAGCGUACCCAUUUAAAGACCACUACUCUCAGUUCACGUUACUAACGAUGACCUAUGAUGCUAGACUUUGGAAUUUGAAAAUGUAUGUGAAGCAUUAUUCGAGAUGCUCAUCUGUUCGAGAAAUCGUUGUGGUGUGGAACAAGGGAGCACCUCCAGAAAUGAGUGAUUUGGAUUCAGUUGUGCCUGUUAGAAUCAGAAUAGAAGAGAAGAACUCGCUUAACAACCGGUUCAAGUUGGACGCUUUGAUUAAAACUCGAGCUGUUUUGGAGCUUGACGAUGACAUCAUGAUGACUUGUGAUGAUGUUGAGCGAGGUUUUAGGGUAUGGCGACAACACCCUGAUCGCAUUGUGGGCUUUUAUCCCCGACUUGUUAAUGGAAGUCCUUUGACAUACCGAGGCGAGAAAUAUGCUCGAACUCAUAAAGGGUACAAUAUGAUACUUACUGGGGCAGCUUUCAUUGAUAGUGAAUUUGCUUUUAAAAGGUACUGGAGUGCAAAUGCAAGGCCAGGCAGGGAUUUGGUUGAUAAGAUUUUUAAUUGUGAAGAUGUUUUAUUGAACUUUCUGUAUGCCAAUGCAAGCUCAUCUCAAACAGUAGAAUAUGUGAGGCCAGCUUGGGCAAUCGACACGUCAAAGUUCUCCGGUGCCGCUAUCAGCAAAAACACCCAAGUUCACUAUCAGUUAAGAAGCGACUGUCUCAAUAAGUUUUCGAAGUUGUACGGAAAUUUGGCUGAUCGGAAAUGGGGAUUUGACAGGCGCAAAGACGGAUGGGAUUUGUAACCGAUGAAAAGAGUUUCUCCCAAACAAAGGUCUCUGUAACUUAUGUUCAACAUUGCUGGUCCUUCUCUUCCGAGUGCUUUCAAGUGAAAACUUCCAAUGUUGAUCUCUUCCCCCCUUUGUGAAUUUACUUGGGGAGUUUGAAUAUCUAUAGUUUCAGUCAGUGAGAUGUACAUUGCUUGUCACGUUUUGAUUCGCCCUUCCCGAGAGACCGAUCCCGCUUGGGGUUCCCUAGAUGGCUGUUCCUGAUUGGCUUCGAGAUGGUCACCAACUCGCCACCCCGAUGCUCGCAGAUCAGCGAGUUCUGGUUCUCGGGUAUUCUGUUACUUCUUGUUGUAGCUUCAUUGUACCAUUUGCCCUCAUCUGAAGGACUGUAGAACUGUACUUUAACAAAAAGGUAAAGGGUAACCAAAAGAAAGCUCUGAAUUUUCAAUGGAAGAAAAAACACUGCCUUUUUCUUUUAUUUUUAAAUUUUAUAUAUUCCCCUUUCUUUUUUUGCUAGAAA